GUGUGUGAUUGGCUGGCGCGCGGCGCGGGGCGGGGCGGCGUGUGUAGGGGAAAGCCUCGGUGUCAGCCAUCUUUCAAUUGUGUUCGCAGCCUUCGCCGCGCCGCCGCCGCUCUCUAACGCCAGCGCCGCCUCUCGUUUGCCGAGCUCCAGCCGAAGGAGAAGGGGGGUAAAUAAGGAGGUGCCAUGGCUCGUACAAAGCAGACUGCUCGCAAAUCCACCGGUGGUAAAGCACCCAGGAAACAACUGGCUACAAAAGCCGCUCGCAAGAGUGCGCCCUCUACUGGAGGGGUGAAGAAACCUCAUCGUUACAGGCCUGGUACUGUGGCACUCCGUGAAAUCAGGCGCUAUCAGAAGUCCACUGAACUUCUGAUUCGCAAGCUCCCCUUUCAGCGUCUGGUGCGAGAAAUUGCUCAGGACUUCAAAACAGAUCUGCGCUUCCAGAGUGCAGCUAUUGGUGCUUUGCAGGAGGCAAGUGAGGCCUAUCUGGUUGGCCUUUUUGAAGAUACCAACCUGUGUGCUAUCCAUGCCAAACGUGUAACAAUUAUGCCAAAAGAUAUCCAGCUAGCUCGCCGCAUACGCGGAGAGCGUGCUUAAGAGUCCACUAUGAGGGGAAACAUUUCAUUCUCAAAAAAAAAAAAUUUUUUUUUCCUCUUCUUCCUGUUAUCAGUAGUUCUGAAUGUUAGAUAUUUUUUCCAUGGGGUCAAAGGUACCUAAGUCUAUGAUUGCGAGUGGAAACAUAGGGGACAGAAUCAGGUAUUGGCAGUUUCUCCACGUUCAUUUGUGUGUGAAUUUUUAAUAUAAAUGCAAGAUGUAAAGCAUUAAUGCAAGCAAAAUGUUUCAGUGAACACAUUUCAACAGUUCAACUUUAUAACAAUUAUAAAUAAACCUGUUAAAAUUUUCUGGACAAUGCCAGCAUUUGGAUUUUUUUAAAAUAAGUAAAUUUCUUAUUGACGGCAACUAAAUGGUGUUUGUAGCAUUUUUAUCAUACAGUAGAUUCCAUCCAUCACUAUACUUUUCUAACUGAGUUGUCCUACAUGCAAGUACAUGUUUUUAAUGUUGUCUGUCUUCUGUGCUGUUCCUGUAAGUUUGCUAUUAAAAUACAUUAAACGAUA